UUCGUAGAUUUUAAAAUGGCCGGUCAGACUGUGAAAACCCGUCAGACUGCGGCAAUUAUCGAAGGAACCCACACAGAAGUGUUUUGUUCUGCUUAUCAGGACAGAAUCUUUUUGAUCGUUUCACAGUUUGAGAAAAUUGGAACGUUGGUUAGUGUAAAUAGGAUGUCUCCAACAGAGAGCUCAUCCAAAAGAGAGGCACAGACAUUCAACACAAGAAUACUCAUGGGUAGUGACAAGGUUUGUUCAAGUUCUAUACUGUUGUCUAGUUCUGCAGAAACUCCAUCAAUCUCAGAGGUGGUCAAAUGCAUCUUCUCUGUGGGAUAUGAACUCAUUGCUAAGAAAUCUGGCAUGUUUAUGCUAAACAGAUUGGAGCCCUUAUAAAUAAGCAUGCCAGCAAACCAGUUCUUUUGGGUAUUGCCCUCAAGAAACAUUCACCACAGAUACUACAGCAGAUUUUAAAACUGCUUGAAACAAAUAGAGUCUGGUGAUAAAGAAUACCUGUCUUAAACAAAAAAUGUACAGAUUCCUACACAACAAUCAUUAUUGCAAUCGUUUACAAAUGAGUCUGAUAAACCUAUGGACAGUGAAAAGUUCAAAUUUCAAGCUUCUUACUCCAUGACAUAGCUGUGAGUAUCAAAACAAGAGCAUACAAUGCAGAGAAGCCCAUAAUCAUCGAUCUUGGAGCCUUUGAAUCCAACCAUUAUCAACUGUCAUUCCCUUUUAAUAUUUGGUUUUUUUUUAAGUUUCAUCUUAUGUGAAGCACUUUUUCUUCAUGAAAAUACAUAAUACAACUAAUAACCAAAAAUGUUUUGUUAAAUCAGUUGAUAAUUUGAUGUAUAUUUACAGAUCUUUUGCUUUUUCCUCCCAUCUGUAUAACUAUUCAAACUAGUGCUUCUCUUUCUUCCUGUGAACAUUAUAAAACACUAUCAGUUGAGCCUGAUGGCAGCAAGUUGAGGAAGUCAGUGCUGCACUAUGAACCAAAUGUCAGUUGUAAUCUUUCAAUGAAUAGCUUCUAAACUUGGAUGUAUUUGACAAAACAAACUACAGAUAAUAUGUUUUUACUGUUUUGUACACAAUUUACAAUCCAGGUCUUUGGUUAUUUAACAUUACCACUAUUUAGACCACAAGUUUUGUGAAAUUAGACAAACUUUUCUUCAAACCAACCCUUGUAAAGUGUGGGUCUACCAGAGUAAUGGCUGUAGCUUUUGUACAAAUGAUGACAACCUUGAGGGGGGCACUGCAUCACACUCAGAUGAACCACCCUGCAUGACUGCCAUUCCCAGAUGGAAGGUGUCAGAAGCUCUGUUCACCCCUUAGUCUUCAUCAUCAAAAUCUUCUAUGACAUCAUCAUCAUCUCGAGGCAUCUCAGAGGUUCCUUGUGAAUCACACUCUUCACCCAUGGCCAGGCACUUAUUAGCUCCCUGGGUGCUAUUCCCAUUUGGUUGGGAACUAACAAGGAUUUCAUCAUCAUUAUCACUAUUCAUACCACAGUCUUUUUCAUCAAGCAUAUCUGUGCCACCCCUACAAAUAAAAAACCUGAAAAACUUUAUUUUUUUUGAAAUGGAAAAGUUGGCAUCUGAACCACAAUCAUUAUGGAAAACUGUAAAAUUUACAUUAUUG